AUGGCAGCUAAGCAAAAAGUCGAUGACGAAUUAACUGUUGACGUCACGUUACUUUAUAAUCAUGGUGGUAGUUUAUGGGGUUCUACUAAGGUGGUGGCCCGUCGUUCAGACUUGAAGCUCAUCGUGACAUCAGCUACGAUGGACUCCACAAAGUUCUCCACGUUCUUCGGCAACGUGCCCACUUUCACCAUUCCCGGCAGAACGUUCCCAGUCGAGACAUUCUUUGCUAAGAAUGUCUGUGAAGAUUAUGUCGAUGGUGCCGUUAAACAGGCUCUUCAAAUACAUCUGCAGCCAGAAGAAGGGGAUAUCCUGAUCUUCAUGCCAGGACAGGAAGACAUUGAAGUUACUUGUGAGGUCCUGACGGAACGCCUGGCAGACCUGGACAGCGCGCCCCCUCUCACCGUCCUUCCAAUAUACUCCCAGCUGCCAGCUGACUUGCAGGCCAAGAUCUUCCAGCGCGCACCACCUGGCCAGAGGAAGUGUAUCGUCGCCACCAAUAUUGCUGAGACGUCACUGACGGUGGACGGCAUCAUGUACGUUAUCGACAGCGGAUACUGCAAGCUCAAGGUGUACAAUCCGAGGAUCGGUAUGGACGCACUACAGGACACGAUCCUGAACUCAAUGUACCAGCUAUGGAUCCUGGGUGCAUUAGACGGCACAGGAGCCCUCACCCCUCUUGGUCGACAGAUGGCGGAGUUCCCUCUAGAUCCACCGCAGUGUCACAUGCUCAUCGUCAGCGCGAAAAUGGGGUGUAGUGUUGAAGUGCUCAUUAUUGUAUCAAUGCUAUCAGUGCCGUCGGUGUUCUACCGACCUCAAGGUCGCGAGGAAGAAGCGGACUCUGUCAAGGAGAAGUUCCAGGUGCCCGAGUCUGAUCAUCUCACUCUGCUGCAUUUGUACAACCAGUGGAAGGCCAACAAUUACUCGGGCCAGUGGUGCACGGAGCACUUUGUGCAUGGUAAGGCGAUGCGCAAGGUUCGCGAGGUCAGACAGCAACUGAAGGAUAUCAUGCAGCAGCAGAGGCUACCACUCGUCUCCUGCGGCACUGACUGGGACCUUGUACGCAAGUGUAUCUGCUCAGCCUACUUCCAGCAAGCAGCCCGUCUGAAGGGUAUCGGGGAGUACGUGAACUGUCGUACGGGUAUGCCGUGUCACUUGCACCCAACUUCGGCCCUCUUCGGGCUGGGUAACUCACCGGACUAUGUAGUUUACUACGAGCUGAUGAUGACUACGAAGGAGUACAUGCACUGCGUCACUGCUGUAGACGGCAGGUGGCUCGCUGAACUGGGACCUAUGUUCUUUUCGGUCAAGGAAACUGGAAAAUCAAACCGCGACAAACGCAAGGAAGCAGCCGUACAUCUGCAACGUAUGGAAGAAGAAAUGAAGCAAGCUGAACAGAAGAUGGCAGAAGAAAGGAAGAAGAAAGAAGAAGAUGUACCCGUAAAACAAGAGAUCGCUACGCCAGGGCUCAACACUCCACGUAGAACUCCGCAUAGACUGGGACUAUAA